CGGCGGGCGGCCGCCGAGGGCCCGGCCGGGGACGCCGCAUCAUGAGGGGCCGCCCCCGUUGAGGAACCCCGGAGAAGGAGGAGGAGGAGGAGGAGGAGAACGAGCGGCGGCGGCCCGGGCCCAGCGCCGGCCCCGCGGCUUCAUGGAGGCCAGGCCCACUGCGGGCGGCGCGGAGGCUGGAGAGGUUCCUCUGCUGCUGGCUGAACUGAAGCCAGGGCGCCCACACCAGUUUGAUUGGAAAUCAAGUUGUGAGACCUGGAGUGUUGCCUUUUCCCCUGAUGGUUCUUGGUUUGCCUGGUCUCAAGGACACUGUAUUGUCAAGCUGAUUCCGUGGCCUCUUGAGGAGCAGUUUGUCCCCAGAGGAUUUGAACCUAAAAGUCGAAGCAGCAAAACAGAUCCCAAGGGACGAGGCAGCCCAAAGGAAAAGACGCUGGACUGUGGUCAGAUUGUCUGGGGUUUGGCCUUCAGCCCUUGGCCGUCACCACCCAGUAGAAAGCUUUGGGCACGGGUCUGCCCCCAAGCACUGGAUUUCUCUUGCCUUAUUCUCGCUACAGGACUCAAUGACGGGCAGAUCAAAAUUUGGGAGGUGCAGACAGGACGACUGCUUUUGAAUCUGUCUGGCCACCAGGACGUGGUGAGAGAUCUGAGCUUCACCCCCAAUGGGAACUUGAUUUUGGUUUCUGCAUCAAGGGAUAAAACUCUUCGAAUCUGGGACCUAAAUAAAGAUGGCAAACAGAUCCAGGUGCUAUCUGGCCAUCUGCAGUGGGUUUAUUGCUGUUCUAUCUCCCCAGACUGCAGCAUGCUGUGUUCUGCCGCAGGAGAGAAGUCAGUUCUUCUUUGGAGCAUGCGGUCCUACACGUUAAUUAGGAAGCUAGAGGGGCAUCAGAGCAGUGUGGUUUCUUGUGACUUCUCACCUGACUCUGCACUGCUUGUCACAGCUUCUUAUGACACCAGCGUCAUCAUGUGGGAUCCCUACACUGGAGAGAAACUGAGGACACUCCAGCAUGUGCUAGACUCCCAGCUGGACUAUGCCCGGGAUGUCCAUGCCAGCUCGCUGAGAUCGGUGCGCUUCUCUCCAGAAGGCUUGUACCUUGCUACAGUGGCAGACGACAGGCUGCUCAGGAUCUGGGCUUUGGAACUGAGAACACCAGUUGCAUUUGCUCCUAUGACCAAUGGUCUUUGCUGCACAUUUUUUCCACAUGGUGGAAUUAUUGCCACAGGGACCAGAGAUGGCCACGUCCAGUUCUGGACGGCACCCAGGGUCCUAUCAUCACUGAAGCACUUAUGCCGUAAAGCCCUCCGGAGUUUCCUUACAACUUACCAAGUCUUAGCACUGCCAAUACCCAAGAAAAUGAAAGAGUUCCUCACGUAUAGGACCUUCUGAGCCAUGCUGCGUGGUUUUGCUAAAAAGACAAUAAGAGAACAUGGAGUCUUCUUCUAACAGGAUUAACCUUUCUGGCAAAGGUGGAGCUGAAAUAACCGAAUGGAAACAAGACAGGCUUAAACUAUGAUUCCUCUUUGAAAUAAAAUUGUUUUGGAUUGUAAAUGGCCAGUUAAUAGACUGUAGCAGGGGAAAAAAAAACCCUGGUGGACUGGUCACUGACCUUUUUAUCUAUAAUGUUACCAAUUCAGUAAAUAGAGGAGGAGGUUCCAUUUCCAUGGCUACAGAACUGUAGUUUAAAUUGUCCGCUUAUUAACAGCACAGUUGCAGUUCUCUUGGUGUCUUGAUUCAAAGUGCAGUUAAUAAUGUUUUGCUUAUAAAAGUGACGGGGCCUCGAAAUCUCUUUAGUGGUAAAGGAAAGAAGCAUCAGAUCCCUCCCAGGGAAACCUGCUUCUGCCCAAUACUUGUCUCAGUUUAGUCCUCAAAAGCAGUGGUAGCUAAAUGUUCCACUUGUUCUCUUGCUCUUGGGUCGGAGUAUCAGGGACCAUGCCUUCGUUUAGUAAAGUGCAAAUACUAUUAAUUUAUAACGUCACGUUUGUCACUGUUUUUCCUCUGCUUUUGACUUUGACAAACAAGACAGAGCUUUAAUGGGGAGUUGGGGGGGGCAUCCUUGAGUGUGAGUGAACAUUGGAGCUUAGCUAAAUGGACAGGCUAUUUAAAUCGCAGGGUGUGGUGUGGACUGAUGAAGACAUUUGAUUUGGCUUUAAAAAUCAUGGUGUGCAUGUGGAGGAGGAAACUCGACAAGAUUACAGUAAGGGUGCAUUUCUAAUUGCAUGACUGUUGUGGCUACUGAUUUGUCAGUGGUUUGCCAUUAACUAACAACAUAUUUAUUUGUGCUUUCUGAGCAGAAGUUGUUUAAGGUACAAUUAUGUUUUUCACAGUGGUAGACGAAAACCAUAACGUAACCAGAGCAGCUGCACAUGGAGCUUCAGAGCUGUAUGGAGGCAACUGGUUUUUCCUUGUUUCCACUGGUAUUGUUAUGCUGGUAUGCACAAGAUCAGUCUUUGCUGCUUAACUCAGUUUCCAGCCCUGCCUCCUAAAUGAAGUCAGUUAGGCACUGUGCUCAGGGAGCUCCCAGGCUAAUCCUUGGGGCAGAAUGCUCCAACUGAGAAAGCCCUUGGAAAAUGGGAUAUUUGUAUUCCAUCUUAACGAGAAAACACAAAUUGGUUCUUUCCCAGAGAUCCGCCAUUUUACCCAUCUUCUUUAUUUUGGUAGAAUGCUGGUGUAGAACGCCCUAGACUCUAGAGUGCUUUCCUCAGAGGGAUGAAGGACGAUUAAUGUCUGGUUUGGAGGAAAGAAGCCCUGACUGAAGUUGAGACACUUUAUGCUGCCAAAAAAAAAAAAUAGAGCAGUUCUCAAGUCAACAUCCACCAUUGACUUAAGGAGAGCAGGACAAUGCAUAGGAGCUUUUUCCACAAGUGAGCCACUUGAUUUACUAAUUUCUUAUUGCAAUUAUGAAAUACAAAAAGGAUCAAGAUUAUAAUUGAAGCAGCCGUUUGAGCAUGUAAGAUUCUAAAAUUUAAAUGACCAAUAUUUCAAUUGUCCUGGGUUCGCAGGUGAUCUUCAUACAGCCACUGGUACCAGGGGGAAUAAUGGAAAGACCAGUUGUAUUUUAAAUUCUUUUCCUUCCUGUCUACACUACAAUUAGGAAGCUGCUUGUGACUUUUACAAUUCAAGGAUGAGAAAUAAAAGUCAAAUUUUUUUAAAGAGGA